UUUGUCAUCAACCAUCAAAACAUUGUAAAAGAGUGUCAUUGUUGGCCAUCAAAAUGUUACUUAAAACAUCAAAUACAAUGGAGUGAGAUCGAAGAGCAAAAAAACGAGGAGCAAGAGUAAGAAUAAGAUAAACGAAACUGAGAGAAAAUUGAGAGAGCAAGACAUCAAAACGAUAGAAAAAAAGGUCAAUUUACAUCGACAAACAUUUAUUUUAAUAAUUUCACUCUAUUAUGAUAUCCAUCUAAACAAAAGCUCGAAAAACGUCCAUUUAAAGGGUAAUUUUGAGUCUUCCAUCCACCAAACCUAAGUUUACAAAGAAUAAAAAGGUGAGAUUUUUUUUUUCUUUAAAAAAUAAAAUUAAGAAAAAUUGCUAUUAACCGUACUUUGGAGUCCCACCGUCGUCCCCAGCGCGAAACACAAAAACCCUAGCAGUGGCAAUUGCCAAGAAUCCGCAGGUUUUCUUCAAAUCUCUCAAUUUUUGUAUGUUUCUCUCCUAAUUUAUAAAUUCUUUAGCUAUUACCAAGCUUUUGCUUCCAAAAUCUUUGGAGUCACGGAUCAAUUUACAGAGACAGCGAAGUCGGAGAGUGUAGAAACAAUCUCUCAAACUUCACAAGAACAUCAGCAAACUCAAUUACCCGAAGCAAUAAGAUAAUGCGUCAAUAGAUACAAUGGCAACACUGGCAGGUCAACCAACUCACCAUCAACCAACUACGGUGGAGGAAGUUAGAACGCUUUGGAUAGGGGAUUUGCAGUACUGGGUCGAUGAGUCUUACCUUAAUUCUUGCUUUGCUCACACUGGGGAGGUAAUAUCAAUUAAAAUUAUUCGCAACAAGAUCACUGGCCAGCCUGAAGGUUACGGGUUUGUGGAAUUUGUAUCUCAUGCUGCAGCAGAGAGAAUUUUGCAGACAUACAAUGGAACUCAGAUGCCUGGAACAGAGCAAACUUUCAGAUUGAAUUGGGCCUCCUUUGGAAUUGGAGAAAGGCGCCCUGAUGCUGGCCCUGAGCACUCUAUUUUUGUGGGGGAUUUGGCUCCUGAUGUUACAGACUAUCUGUUGCAAGAGACCUUUAGAGCGCAAUAUCCAUCUGUUAGGGGUGCUAAAGUUGUGACUGAUCCAAACACUGGACGUUCAAAGGGAUAUGGGUUUGUUAAAUUUGCUGAUGAAAAUGAAAGGAAUCGAGCUAUGUCCGAAAUGAAUGGUGUUUACUGCUCAACUAGGCCUAUGCGUAUUAGUGCAGCAACUCCUAAAAAAACCAUUGGUGUUCAGCAGCAAUACAGUCUAGCAAUGUACCCAGUUCCAGCGUACACUACAUCCGUUCCUGUGCUUCCAGCAGAUUAUGAUGCAAAUAACACAACAAUAUUUGUUGGUAACUUGGAUCCUAAUAUUACAGAGGAGGAGUUGAAGCAAACUUUUUUGCAGUUUGGUGAGAUUGCUUAUGUGAAAAUUCCUGCCGGGAAAGGCUGUGGUUUUGUACAGUUUGGGACAAGGGCUUCAGCUGAAGAAGCUAUCCAAAAGAUGCAAGGAAAGAUAAUUGGUCAACAAGUGGUUCGCACUUCUUGGGGUAGAAAUCCAGCUGCCAAGCAGGACUUGACUACUUGGGGUCAGCAAGUUGAUCCAAACCAGUGGAGCGCUUACUAUGGGUAUGGAGGGACUUAUGAUGCUUAUGGAUAUGGAGUUGUACAAGAUCCAUCUUUAUAUGGUUAUGGUGCUUAUUCGGGUUAUGCCUCAUAUCCUCAACAGGUUGACGGCGUACAAGAUUUGGCCACAGUAGCUGGUGCGGUCCCUUCCGUAGAACAAGGAGAGGAAUGGAAUGAUACGUUGGAUACCCCGGAUGUUGAUUGUUUAAAUGAUGCAUACCUCUCUAAACAUGAAAGCGCUAUUUUAGGCUGGCCGUUAUGGUUGACUACUUCAUCACUGGUUAGGCAAACAUGAGUGUGGUUAUUGUUUGUCGAAAUAGGUUGGCAGCGCGUGAGGGAAACUGGAGAAAAACUACAGUAUGUGCUUUAUAUGCUUGACCAUACUCGUAGUUGAUGACAUUGACCCAUUGCAUGUAUGGUAUAAUGUGUUUGAUUUAAUAAUACAUUUUUUACUAUAGGAACGGGGUUGCCAAGGUUAUGUGCUUCGAUGUUCUAUGUAUUAUGAUGGUGCUCUCUACUAUUUGGAAAUGGAAUUUUCAUUAUCAGGAGAACAUCUGCUUUAAUCUGUACUGUGUCUCAUUAUGCUGAAGUGGACUAUUUGUAUUUUGAACAGGCAGCUUAAUUGUUGUCAGAUUAAAUUUAACAAAAAGAAAAUGAAGCUGAAAUGAAAUGGUGUUUUUUUA